GGACUUGAACUUAGAAAUCCACCUGCCUCUGCCUCCUGAGUGUACCACCACCACCACCACCUGUCUUGUUAAUUCUUCUUUAUGAUGCUAAAAAUGGAUGGAACCUAGCCUCAAGCUGCUAGGCAAAUGCUCUGCCACUGAACUGCAUCCACAACCCUCAGCCCAUUACAUCCUUGUCCCAGGUGUCAUUCACCACCACGGAUAGAUAGCAGGCUGUUUAGUAGGUAGCCUCUCCUCUAUAACCAGAGCUGGACACCACAGAUUUGCUGAGAAUGGGGUUCAGCUCUGGUUAUAUGGAGUUUGCUCCCUGUUGUUCCAGGGACUAGGGAGAGUCUAGCUCAGAAUUCAUCUGCAGCUGGCCACAUAAGGAGAAAAGCAUUCACAAGACACUGUGACUGACAUGAACCUACCCCUAGUCUGCCACCAAAGCACAACUUAGGUGCCCCUACUCGUGGGACACCCCUUGAACAAAAGAAUCUUGUUCUUGGGAUGGGGAUGUAACUCCCUUGGUGGAGUGCCUCCCUAGCAUCCACAAGGCCCUGGAUUUGACCCCAGAACAUCGAAAACUGGAUGUGGUGGCUCAUGCCUGUUAUUCCAGGACUUGGGAGGUAGAGGCAGAAGGAUCAGAAGUUCAAAGUUGCUUCUGGAAUGCAUGAGAUUGUGUUUUAAGGGGGGAAAAAAUGGUUAUUUUUUUAAUCCCAUUACUUUGCAAUCACUAAAAGGCAGCUAGGCAACAGAGCCUAGAGUCUGUGUUUAGACAGAGAAUGGCUGAUCAGGGAAGAGUCUUGCCCAAGCUUGGUGGGAAGAGAACCCAGCUGCACACAUGUCACACUGGGCCACUUCUGAGCUUGCCUCAGCUCCUCUAGUACUCUACCCCAGACAGCCUUCUGGGAAAGGGAAAUGUCAACCGAGGCUGCUCCCCGAAGAAACCUCAGAGGUGAUUCCCAGGUGGGACUGCUCUGGGGCCUCAGGCUAGGAGGGGCCUGAAAGCUGAUCUCUAGGAAGGCGGGGCUCUAAAACACUGCAAAUAAAAGCAUGGAGAAGCAGUACCAGUUUGGAGACCAGCAGGAGGCACUGGGAGUCUGCUGUUUCUAAUAGCCUGGUGAGUGUGGAAGCUGGGGAGAGCAGGAGGGUUGGGGGUCACAUGGAGCAGGGAAGAGGUUUGUACCCAGACAGUGUGGGGCAUUCCAGGGAAAAUCUGCACAAAAUAGAAAGUCCCAUCCUGAAAUGGCUACUCAUAUCCUUUCGGAGUGGCCCAGGCAGAGUGGCAAACACCCCACAUAUUCCCGCCAAAAACAGGCAGGACAGACAGCACCACCCAGGCACACUUCACCAGUUAGAAGACCCAGCAGCCCGGCCUGUUGACAGAGAAGCACAUCUUCAAAGGCCUCCCCCCCCCCCCGCACCCACUCCUUUUCAGAAGCCCAUGGCACUGCGUGUCCUGCUCUUCUGCCUGCUGGUCCUGGCAGUCAUUGAAGGCCAUUGUCGGGAGGCAGCCAUCCCAGGCUGCCACUUGCACCCCUUCAAUGUAACAGUGCGAAGUGACCGCCAUGGCACCUGCCAGGGCUCCCAUGUAGCACAGGCCUGUGUAGGACACUGUGAGUCCAGCGCCUUCCCUUCCCGCUACUCUGUGCUGGUGGCCAGUGGCUACCGACACAACAUCACCUCUAUCUCCCAGUGCUGCACCAUUAGCAGGCUGAAAAAGGUGAAGGUGUGGCUGGACUGCGUGGGGAACCAGCGGGGGGAGCUUGAGAUCUUCACUGCCAGGGCCUGCCAGUGUGAUAUGUGUCGCCUCUCCCGCUACUAGUGCCUGAAUGGCUCAGGUUCCAGUCCUGCCACUGUAUGCUAUGGGUCUCUCAAAUGAAGGGGCUACUCAGCUCUGCCCCUCCUUAGAGUCAGUGACUAUGACCUCCUUUUACCUGGUCUAUGAGCAGUCUCACUGCUAUGCUGUCCUUUACCCCUGCCCUCAAUAAAACAAGCAAUGCUU